CCAACAAAGAAAUGAGGCGUAGAAAAAGAAGCCGCGAAGACCCUUUUAUAGUAACGGUUGCUAGCAGCUGUUACCUUACAUCAUUUGUUAGCGUUUGACUCCACAAAGGAAACGCCUUUCGUCGCCUGAAUCGACUGUUAACCUUCCAUUGGUACCAUCAGUGCAAUUAAUUCCUCGACAAUGUCGGAUGGCCGGAUCUAUGUCGGAAAUCUUCCCAUGGAUGUCCAGGAGAGGGACGUUGAGGAUCUGUUCUACAAAUAUGGAAAAAUUCGUGAGAUUGAAUUGAAGAACAAUAGAGGCACUAUCCCCUUUGCCUUUAUCCGAUUUGAAGACCCACGGGAUGCAGAUGAUGCUGUCUAUGGAAGGAAUGGAUAUGGAUAUGGAGACUCCAAACUUCGUGUAGAGUAUCCCCGAUCCUCUAGUAAAUUUGGCCCAACGGGUGGUGGCGGCGGCGGCGGCGGUGGUGGUGGUGUUGGAGGAGGACCAAGAGGAAGAUUUGGACCUCCAACACGAAGGUCUGAAUUCCGCGUCGCAGUGACUGGAUUACCGCCAAGUGGCAGUUGGCAGGAUCUGAAGGAUCACAUGCGUGAGGCAGGCGACGUUUGUUUUGCCGACGUACAACGGGACGGGGAGGGUGUGGUGGAAUUUCUUCGCCGUGAGGACAUGGACUAUGCCUUACGACGCCUGGAUCGCACAGAGUUCCGUUCGCACCAAGGUGAGACCGCAUACAUCCGCGUCUUCGAGGACCGGGACACCCCCAACUGGGGUCGCUCGCGGUCCCGCUCCAGAUCCAGAGGCCGAUUUUCACCUCCUUACAGAGGAUCACCGCCGCCACGCUACCAGUCCCCUCCUCGCCAUACUAUGUCACGCCAUAGUCCACCUCGGAGGCACGGACUGCCCAGCCAUAGCCCACCGCCACGUCAUUACAGAUGAAAGCUCAAUUUUGAUCCAGGAAAAGAAUGAGAGUUUUGUAACUGCCUUUUUAUUUUAAUUCCUUUUUUUUUUAACCCACAGGCAGCCAGCCUUAGAACACGCUUUAUUGCUAUUUACAUUCCAUGUUCCCUAUUUCUUUCCUUGGCCUUAACCCUGGAUUCCAUGUUCUUUUCAUAGGCCUAAGUUUUCUCUAAACAAAAUGUUGAUUCGUCUGAUGUGCAUUACGUUAUGUAGCUUGUUUGGUGAACUAAUCCUUGAAAUGUCCAUCUUAAUAAAUCCAGUUUACUUCAUGUUAUAUCAAGCACUCACACAUUUAAAAAAUGAUAUCAAACUGUGAUGCUAUUCAGUAUCUUCUAAAUCAGAUUCCUAAAUGUUUUCAAAUACUGAUUCAUGUUGGCUGUUCACUAUUUUUUUUUUACCAAUAAAAUGUUUGAUUUGCAGAC